CGAUCAAAUCGUUCCAUCCCACGAUCCCACAUCUUGGACAAUCCGGCGUUGAACCUCCAUACCGGUACGUUCGAGACCCAUGCGCCUAGCUUUGUCCCUUGACCAACGCAAUUGACGACAUGAGCUGCAGUCAGUAUGCGCCUUCGGCCUCCCGGAUAUCUACUCCGUCCUUCCACUCUCGGUAAUGUCUGCUGGCGGUGCAGUCAACAGCUAAGCUAUAGGAAUUUGCAAUUUACAAGGACCUUCGCCCACGCCGCUCCCGUAGCACCGAAGCAACAAUCUCGACUGAAGGCCGGGUACUUUUUAUCUAACAAGAUUCUACCUCGACCCCAUGAUGGUUCAACUCCCCAGUCGUUUGAGGCCUCAAACGCCCCCGACGAAGCCAGCAAAGCUACCACCACGGGCCAAGUAAACCAACAUCUCCCUCACCGGCGACGUCAAGCAGCAAAGCGCCAUGCUGCCAAUAUACCUGGUUCAGCCCCACCAACUGAUACUGAAGGUCCUCUUCCGCAAGAUGCCUCAUCCGCACUCACGACGGAGUCUACGAAGCAUCCCGCCAAUUCUUUCCGUCGACAGUUGUCCCUUCUCCUUUCCCUGUCGAAACCUCGUCUUACCGUCCUAGUCGUUCUCACAGCUAUGGCUCCCUAUGCGCUAUACCCCGUACCGGCCUUUCUCUCUCCGUCUAUCGGUCUAGACACGCCCUCCCUCUCGCCCUUAACCCUGACCUUUCUUACGACCGGCACCGCGCUCUGCAUCGCCAGCGCAAAUGCUCUCAACAUGCUCUACGAACCAGCUUGGGAUGCCAAGAUGACGCGCACACGAAACAGACCCCUCGUUCGCGGCCUCUUAUCCGAACGCAGGGCUCUCGUCUUCGCCGUGCUCGCCGCCGUUGCCGGAGUCGGUAGCCUUUACUUCGGCGUAAAUCCCACAGUCGCCUUCCUCGGUGCUGCUAAUAUCGCGCUCUACGCCGGAGUUUACACGCCAAUGAAACGCGUCUCAUGGCUGAACACUUGGGUUGGGGCGGUCGUCGGAGGCAUACCGCCGCUUAUGGGUUGGGCUGCGGCAGCUGGUGAAUCCGCGACGGGAGACGGAUCAUUUCGCGAACUUCUCUUUACGAGGGAUGCGAUCGGCGGGUGGCUGUUUGCCGCGCUCCUGUUUGCUUGGCAAUUUCCUCACUUCAUGGCUCUGUCGUGGCCUAUAAGAGAAGAAUACAAAGCGGCCGGCCACAAGAUGCUGUGCUGGAUCAACCCUGCUCGCAACGGACGUGUGGCGCUAAGGUAUAGCUUGUUAUUCAUCCCGCUGUCUAUCGGGCUCUGCGCCGCAGGAGUAACAGAGUGGAGCUUCGCGGUGACAAGCCUACCGGUCAAUUUCUGGCUGGCGCGAGAAGCGGUGCGGUUCUGGCAACAGGAAGGCUUCAAGGGGAGCGCGCGGGGGUUAUUUUGGGCUAGCGUUUGGGCCUUACCAGUCAUCAUGGUACUCGCUCUCGUUCAGAAGAAGGGGAUGUGGGGGCGAGUUUGGAGAAGCAUCGUUGGAGAGCCAGAUCUCGAGGACGAGUACGAGGACUGGGUCGUAGACCAAAUCAACCAAGAAGCUGAGGCCGCUGAUGGUGAGGCCCAAAAAGUAGCGCCUCCUAUUGGGUCUAAGUGAGGUAACAUCCGAGUCCGGCUUCUGCGAAGCUACUCGAGACGGCGGCCUAGAACGAACCAAAAAUUAAUAUGUAACAUAUCUUGUCGAAUGUAUAAGAGGGGUUUUAAAACGACACCUGGUUAAGCAUAUUGCAUUGUUUA